CCUCCUCUCCCAGUCUGCUGUAGUACUCGGGCUUUGUAAAUUCACUUAGCUAAUUGAUUUCAGCAUGUCUUCCUCUAGGCAUCACGUUGUUCGCCAUCAUGUGAUGACACUGGUCUCAAGCCUACUUGUUAACCAGAACUGAGGGCAUCACUACCCUAAGGAGAGGGCCGAGACGCUAUAGAUUAACAAAAAGGCGACCCUAUAACCUGCAACUGCGUGUUUUUUUUUAGUCUCAACUAUGACCACGCCUGUCUUCUCAAAAUGAGUUUUGCUGUGAUACCGGUAGCUUUAAGAAAAACGUAGGUCAAGCAUCGUUAUUUUUCCACCGCCGAAAGUUAAAGAGGAAAUAUUUAACGAAAGAUUCAUAAAUGGCUGAAGAAGUUUUAAUAACGCCACCAGGGAAAAUAACGUCGAUUCUCCACCAGAUACAGUCACAUAAUUAACAUGUUAAGGGUUAAUGUGGCUUAUACCAACAGUUCCUCAGACCCAUGGAUUCCUCCAAACUAAAGGCCAUAGAAGAGAUGAAUGAGAGCCCAACACACCUGACCUCAUCUCUGUUGGCAGUAGCGUUCCUCACCUCAUUUGGGAGCUCCAUGCUCUAUGGCUACAACCUGGCAGUGGUCAACUCCCCUGCAGUGUACAUUAAGGACUUCUACAACAGGACGUCAGUGAGCCGUAAUGGUACGGGGCUGGAUGAGGAGGCUCUGACCCUCAUGUACUCUCUCACCGUGUCUGUCUUUGCCAUUGGGGGUCUACUGGGAUCCCUCAUGGUGGGCAUGCUCGUCACCAGGUUCGGCAGGAAAGGCACAGUGGUGAACUCGACGGUAUUGGUGUUCAUCGCUGGAUCUCUCAUGGGCUUCAGCAGGAUCUGUGGCUCUCCAGAGAUGGUCAUCUUUGGCCGCUUCGUCACAGGGAUCCACUCAGGUAUCUCUCUGAGCGUGGUGCCCAUGUACCUGGGGGAGAUAGCUCCUAAGAACCUGCGUGGUUUCCUGGGGCUCGUGCCCAGCCUCUUCAUUUGUGCUGGGGUCUUCUCGGCCCAGAUCCUGGGUCUACACGAAAUUCUGGGGAAGGAGGAUCACUGGCCCCUGUUUCUCUCUCUGGUGGUGAUACCCACCUUCAUUCAGCUGAUGCUGUUGCCAUGGUUUCCGGAGAGCCCACGAUACCUGCUGAUUGAGAAGCACAAUGUCCACGCCACCAUUAUAGCGUUGAAGUGGUACCGGGCCAAGUGUAACAUCCAGUCAGAGAUCGAGGAGAUGCAGGAGGAGCAGCGCUCUCUGUCGUCGGUGGAGACCGUGUCGGUAUGGCGACUUAUACUGGACCCUUUGGUGCGCUGGCAGCUGCUCAGUGUGGUGGUCAUCAAUAUCGGCAUGCAGCUCUCCGGUAUAGACGCUCUCUGGUUCUAUACCAAUGACAUCUUUAGGAACGCGGGCAUCCCAGACCCAGAGAUCCAGUACACUACAGUGGGUACAGGAGCCAUUGAGAUCAUUGCCGGCCUCAUCGGGUGUUUUACCAUAGAGAAACUGGGCAGGAGGCCUCUCAUCAUCGGGGGGUUUCUAGUCAUGGGAUUCUGCUGCGCUGGGAUCACUCUCUCCCUCGUUCUACAGGUUCACUUACCAUUCAUGCGUUAUGUCAGUGUUGGAUGCGUGGUCGGUAUCAUCGCUGGUUUCUGCAUUGGGCCAGCGGGUGUUCCUUUCCUGAUAACGGCAGAGCUGUUUAAACAGUCUCACCGCCCAGCAGCCUACACUGUGGGAGGAUCCCUCAACUGGAUUUCCAACUUCACAGUCGGCUUCGUCUUCCCCUUCCUACAGAUGUCCGCUGGGUCCUACUGCUACCUGGUGUUCUGCUGCGUGUGUCUGGCGGUGGCGGCCUUUGUGUUCUUCGUCAUCCCCGAGACCAAGAACAAGACGUUCGUGGAGAUCAGCCAGAUGUUCGCCUCCAAGGAGGCGGUGCCAGAGACCCAGGGCCUGGGCCAUCCCGACCAGCUCAAACUGAGGAAGAUGAACGGAUACGGAACCCUGGAGAAUGGAUCGCUGGAGUUUGACAGCUCCUCCUCCGUCCCCUGAUAGUGGCUCUGAGAGAGAGGCUGGCUGCAUUCCAAAACUCAGAAGUAGCUUUUGUUUUCUUCAGUAUGACCAUUGAUAGGUAAAAAGCUGUAUUGGCUGCCACAAAGAAAUCAUGGGAGGAGCAGGAUACAAUAUCACGUCGUACUGAUUUACUUUCAGAUUCAGCUGUGAUUUUGAGAUCAUGCAGUAACAGAGACAUGCACACAUACUGUAGGCACACGUAAAUAUACUGCACAUAUGCUUUCUUUUUGCCUGUUACCUUCCGAUUCCAAAUCAAGCCUUUGUUAUUUUGCAGUCAUUUAAAGGGUGUGUGGGUUAUGUCAAGACUGACAGAUCUGUACAUUUUUCAAAAGGGUGUAGCUUGACGUGUUUUAUACAUACUGUAUGGUUUUAUCAAAAGCCAGAGUUUAUUUUCUAAUAUAUAACUGUAUUUGAAAUGUGUACAUUCAAAUAUUUGAUCAAAGUAAUAACAUGCAAAGCUUUAUGAUGUUUAUGAUCAAUUAUAUACUUGUUUUCAGAGCAA